GGGUGGCUACGUAGGAGCCAGCUGGACAACUCAGCCAGCCAGGGCACAGUUUCUUCCACGUGGGGUCCACCUCCACCCGCAUCGCAUUCAUCUCUGAUCACUCUCCACUUUCGACGCCACCACUCCCCCGACCCUCACACGCAACUUCACGAUGCAGGACCUUCCCGAAAACGACGACAUUCAAGAUCAAGUUUCCGAUCCGCUUCAACUUCAACCCGAACCGGACCCUCCAAAACCCACCAAGCUCUCAGAAGGAGACCACAUCCACGUCGGUGCUCACCCUUUCAUGAUGGACGUCUUGCGCAAACAAGGGGAUCAAGCGGUUCUGUUUGCCGAUAAGGUUUUGAAGGUCACAGGAUCGGGGAAGAUGAAGAGCCGCAUUCUUAUAGCAACCGAUUUCGCGAUCUACAUUUUCGAUCUGGAGACCAAUUCGCUGAAGCGGAGGAUAGCGCUUGCGGCGGUUGAUAAGAUAUGUAUGAGUGAACUGAUCGACCACUUCUUCGUCGUUGUAAUCCCGACGGAGUAUGAUUUGCUGCUUGUUAGCACUCGCAAGAGCGAAAUAAUCACUGCCUUUGUUGAAGCCACCAUAAAAGCUUCUGAUUAUGAACUCGAAGUUGUUUCUUCCAAUAAGUUUGAGUAUAAUGCAGCAGCUGACUUGGUGAAGGAACUCGAAUUUGAAGAAGUUGAAGGGGGUGUGAAAACAAGAAUUAUGAGGAAGUGAAUUGUGGUUUGCAUUUUCCUUAGGAUGUCUGUAAACUUAGUAGGGCAUACUUACAGGUAAUUAGCUUUUCCUUUCAAAUGUUAAUUCAACCACUCUUCUGAUAGAAAAAGAAUCUAUAUUCUGUAAGUUUUUACCUUGAAACCAGAUUCAGCUGGAUGUAUGAAAUAUUGAAAUGUGAUUAUAUCAAUUUUUUUACAGCUAAAAA